AAUCGGAAAGUUUCGAACCCAACAAAGCAAAACAAUAAAAAAGUUGCAGAGCUUUCUUCAAUGGUGAAUCUGAGGAGGACCCGGAAAAGAGUCCGUGCAAUCCCUCGUGCCCCAGAUGGAAGUGCCUUUCAAAAUUGUAAUAAAUGUGGGGUUUCUGUGCCUAUUGCUUUGGCUGUGAUGCAUGAGUGUGAACCCAACAAGGAGGUGAAGAGGUUUAAAGGUGUAGGCUAUGAUGUUGAGGAGAAGCAGAGCUUUUGGGACCAACUAGUUGUGAUGGCGCCUUUUCAUUUCUUCAUGAAAGAGUUUACAAAGACCAGGAAGGGUGGAGAUUGGGUUGAGACUAAUCGAGACGGGUUUGAGGUGUGGAAGAAAAUGUCCGAGAAGGAGAGGCAACCAUAUGUCAAAGAAGCAGAGAGGAUUGAUGAGGCUUAUCAGAAAGCUUUGCUCAAAGAAUCAAAUGAUGGGCUAAAGGUAGAUGAUGAAGCAGAUUCUGCAAAUACAGCUGGGAACAAUGGGAAGUUUGGUGAGUUGUAUGAAGACUCAGACAGUGAGAGUUCUGAUUUUCUUGGUGAAUCAUGGGACAAUUCUGUUAGAACUGGAUCUUGGCACACCUACCAUCGGCCAGUGGUGCAUCAGUUUACCUCAUGAAAUAGACAAAAGGUGAUUGCUGAGAACUGCAUGAACUCAUGAACUCUAUGAAGUUAAGGAACCCUCCACAAGGUUUCCCUUUUGGCAUCUGAUCUCAUUUUUUGUUCCAUUUCAAAUGCUUUCAAAGGCAAGUCAUUUGGCAUUUUGGCUAUUGUAUAGUAAUUGUAGAAGUUGGGGUGCUAGUUUUUUCUCUAGAGUCGAAAAGGUUUGAUUUUGACUCACCUAGACUCUAUUCAUGAAGAAAGAAGAGGUUCGAAACUUUGUAAAAAGUCUGCUAUGAUUAUAUUUCUUAUAUGUUUA